GCUCGACAGCCACGCUGCCAAUCACCGCAACGUUGCACCAGCCAGGGACACAGGCACAGGCUUCUCAGCCCGGAGGCAGCCGUCAGGACCUGCAAGUUUCUUCUGUGGGCCCACACAGCGGCGUUCAACAGCAGUGGGAUCCUGCGCACGCCAGCCCGCGCCAUUGCCAUUGCCCGUGCCGGCAGUUGUCCCUCCAUCGCGACUGAAUUUCCAUAUGUAAUUUGCGUGGGAGCUGGCCCCCGUUUCACAGGUCCGAAUAGGGGCUAGCCGCUGUCGCUCUGCCGGCAAAACACAGCCAAUGGCGGCGCUGUGCCUGGCGAUCGUCCGCUAGCGGCCAGGGGAAGCCGUCCGGGCUGAAGACGAGAAAACAUGUGUCGUGGCGCCGUCGCCGUCGCCGUCGCCGUGGCUUGCUUGCGCCUCCGCCCAGGACGGCCGGCAUCCAGUGUGGCAUCGCUCCUCGCUGGAGCCCUCGACACGUGGACCCGGCUGAGACCGCCCAUUUCUCCCUUCUUCUUCGCUGGAAUGGCCGCACUGGACCAGGCGCAAUUGCCUCGCCGAAGCCCGCGUCUGCCGUGCCUCGACUUGGAACGCUCCACCAGCUCACCCCGCUGGACUUUGCACGCCGCUUCUCCUCGCGCAUGUUCCACUUUGGCGCUGGCUUCCGGACUCGUCAUCGACCGUGUUCCCUCCGCCGUCAGCAUGCACAGGAAAUGAAUUGUGGACCGCCUGCAAGCGCCUCCAUCCCCGACUGGAGCGCCGGCGUGCAGCUGCCCACAUCCGCGCGGCACCAACACAGAAUUUUCUUAUCCACUUAUCGAUAGCGAUACCUGUCCAUCCCCACACCCACUGCUUUGGG